UUCCACAACAGAACAAGUUUCAUCCUGAAGGCUUGUAGGAAGUGCUUACUUUUGUUCAAAGAAAGGAGUAUUGGAAUGAAUAACAUCACGUGUAGUAGUGUGUGUGGUGUUUAGAGAACAAAGAGAUUUGUACAUUAGUAGAAUUAACACUUGCAAGUGCUGAACUUGGGCCAGAAUUAAACCUAAUCUUGGUCAUAAUGAAGAAAUAGAAAAAACACUAACAUGAAGAAGAAGAGGGGAACCAAGAAAAUCAAGAAAGAGGUGGUUGAAAAGGAGGAGGAAAGCAAAGUGAUCAAAGAGCAGACAGAAGCAUUAUCCACUGUAUCCACCAGCGAAGGCUCACACAACACAACAGUAGACUUGAGCAAUAUCUUAUCCAGCUCCCUUUCAUCAGAAUCGAGUGAGGAAAACUUCCCUCUUGACCCAAUGGACAUUCGGGAAAUCAGUGCCAAGAUUUCAGCAUCUGAAUUUAUUUCAUCGAGGAGGAAGGGAGAAAUCUGGGAUGAGAUUUGCUCUGAGGCUGCAAGUAGUAAAAAUAGCUGAUCGUGUUGCAACUUUUUUUUUCUUUUUCCUCUUAUGAUGUAAAUUUUUAAUUGUACAGUGGAUAAGUACAUUUAAUGUUUUUAGUCUUUUGAGUAAAUAUUUGACAUGGAGUGCUUUUGGACUUGUUGAUACCAAAGAAUAAGACUGAGUGAUUGUUAUAAGGAAUUCCAAGAUGAUCAGUUUUAUGCCAUGAACUCCAUUGUAAGGGCUUGGAAGGUGCCUCCUUUUGAAGGACUUAAUUUGGCAGUGAGAGACCAUUUCCAAGAGUGGAAGCCCUUCCCAAUUUUUGACCAUAGCCAGUCCUUGAACCACUAUGCUGUGGGACCCUUCUGGUCCACACUUUAUUACCAUAGUACUACAACAGCCUUUGUAACACAUCAUCAGUUUUGAGCUACUGAAGCUUUGGAGGCCGAUAGCAGUGCUAAAAAUAUUUAUAAAAUUUAAGAGCCAAACGAAUGCAAGAUGACAGACAGAGUGGUGGUACUCCUAGACAUGGACUGCUUCUAUGUGCAAGUGGAGGAAAGGGACAACCCUCACAUAAAAGGGGUCCCAGCUGCUGUGGUACAGUACAACUCUUGGAAGGGUGGCGGAAUUAUUGCUGUCAACUACGAAGCACGAGCCUUUGGUGUCAAGAGAGGAAUGCGGGGAGAUGAAGCUCGUGGCAAGUGCCCUGACAUCCAGCUGGUUCAGGUGCCUGUAAAUCGUGGCAAGGCUGACCUCACCAAGUAUCGUGAUGCUGGUAAAGAGGUUAUAAAAGUACUGUGCGAGUUCAGUGACUGUGUUGAGAGAGCCAGCAUAGAUGAAGCCUAUAUAGAAUUAACACAAACAGUAGAAGAUAGGAUCAAGAAGAAGAAUGGCACCCACAUUGCUACUGAUAUGCUGAAGUCAAGCUGGGUUGUUGGAUAUGAUAAGACUGAGGAUGGGGACCAACAAGGAGUCAGAGAGAAGGGUGUUCAUGAAUGGUUAAACAGUGUUUUUGAAAAUGGAGAGGAUGCAGCUUUGCCUCUUGAUUCCAACCAUCCUCACUGGGAUAAUGUAAGAUUAGCUUAUGCAGCACUUAUUUGUGAAGAGAUGCGAGCAGCUGUCUUGGCGCAGACAGGGUUCAAAUGUUCAGCAGGGAUUACUCACAAUAAGAUGCUUAGCAAAUUGGCGUGUGGUCUCCACAAGCCAAACCAGCAGACUGUCCUACCACAGGAUGAAGUUAGCCAGCUGUGGGAUGGUUUGCCUGUAGGAAAAGUACGUCACCUAGGAGGAAAGCUUGGAGACUCACUCACUGAGGAGAUGGGCUGCAACACAAUGGGUGACCUGGCAAAAUUGUCUCUCCAGCAACUAAUUGGCAGAUAUGAUAAUAAAACGGCGCAUUGGCUGUUCAAACUUGGUAAAGGAGUGGACACAGAGCAAGUCACUUCUCGCCAGUUGCCGAAAAGUAUUGGCUGUGGCAAAAACUUCCAAGGAAAAGAGGCACUAAAUACACAAGAGAAGGUAAUAUGUUUGGUUGUGUUUGAGGAUGUUGCUUUCCAGCUCUUUUUGGACCCGAAAAUAAAAGUUUCCGGGUGGCUUCAAAAUCAGCGCACAGGGCUGGCCCUGACUCUGCCUGUGUGCUGGCUGGGGCCCGCUGUUGAGUCAGAGCGAGAUCCCCGAUACAGCAUCACACCGGCAGCACGCCCGGCAAUAUCCCCCCCCCUCCAGUGUUAUAAAACUUUUGGUUUAAACCCAUUUGUGCCACCUCCCUGA